CCGAAAGGCUAUUGCUAUUUGCUCUCGAGGGAAGGGAGCCAGCGAGCCCCCAAAGGCCCAAACCCUUCCUUCCUUCGGGUCGCGUCCAGAGGCGGCGAGCGCGCGCGGGAGCCGACGCCCGUCACCUCCUCCCCCAUCGGAUCCAGCGCCGCGCGGAUCGGCACGGCAACCAAUGGCUUCCUCCCCGGCGGCGGAGGCCCCGGCCGAGGUAAAGGAGACGGAGGCGGAGGGGAAGGGGAUGGAGAAGAAGCGGGGAGGGGUGCUGGGGCGGGCGUGGCGGGCGCUCUUCGGCGGCCGCGAGGACUUCGAGAAGCGGCUGCAGUACCUGUCCAAGGAGGAGGCCGCCGUGCACGCGCGGAUGCGCCGCCGGACGCAGUUCUCCCGCCGCGCCGUGCGCAACCUCAUCGUCAUCUCCGUCCUCGCUGAGGUGUUGGCUGUUGUUUAUGCUAUCAUGGUGAGAAAAAAUGAGGAUCAAACUUGGCGAAUGAGGGCAUUUCGAGUGCUGCCUAUGUUCAUUCUGCCUGCUGUAGCUUCUGUGAUAUAUUCAACAGUUGUAAACUUCACAAGGAUGCUUGAACGGAAAGACCAGAAGACCCUUGAAAAGUUGAGGGCUGAGAGGAAAGCCAAGAUUGAUGAGCUUAAAGAGAGAACAAAUUAUUAUCGUACCCAACAGCUUAUUCAGAAAUAUGAUCUCGAUCCAGCUGCAAAGGCUGCGGCAGCUUCAGUUUUGGCAUCUAAGCUUGGGGAGGAGACUGGCUUAAAAGUUAAUGUUGGAGAAGAACCAAAGUUGGAUCUAGCAGUGGCUAGAAGCAACGAUGUUGAGAUAUUGCCAUCAGAUGGGUUGAGAAACAGGAAGCAACCCAAUGUAAGAGGCAGCAGGAGUGGGAACACCACAGCUGCUCAUAGCCCAGUACAGGGAGCUGAAUCCAGUCCAUCUGCUAGUGCUGGCCUGGAAACUGCACCGCCAGCUCCAAUGGUGGUAGAACAUCAUCAAGGCUCAGGGGCAAGUGAUGUUGGAUGGAUUGCAAAAAUUGCUGCCUUACUUGUGGGGGAAGACCCAUCACAGUCGUAUGCUUUGAUCUGUGGCAACUGCCAUAUGCAUAAUGGCUUGGCCCGGAAGGAAGAUUACCCACAUAUUACGUACUACUGCCCACAUUGUCAUGCAUUGAACACAUCAAAGCAAUCCAUGGGGCAAUACUCAGGCUCCAACUCAGGCCGGUCGACCCCAGUUGUUCCUGCUGAUGGAAUAUCCGCUUCCAGUUCAGCACAAGAUAGUGAAUCGAGUAACCUGACCACACUGCAGGAGCUGCCAAAGGAAGGAAAUGCGGAGAAGCAAGAAGUGGAUGCAAGUUAAUGGUUCAUAAACUGUUACUGUUGAUCUGUGUGAAAUUAGUUAAUCUUUUUGCCGUAUGUUGUCAUGUUUUAUCUGGUCGGAGCCACAGAUGUAGCACUGUUGUAAAUUGGAAAAUAGUGACUGAUACGAUCCAGAGCAGCCUAGCACCCAAAAAGAAAAGAAAAAUGAGCCAUGGCGUGGCCAUCCACAAGUGGAUUAAUUUUGUUGUUAACAGAGUGAAGACUACCUGCUGCGUGACAAGAUGAGGCGGAAAAGCUAUGGGAUUGAGGCGAACAGGUCAGUUGCAUAACGUUCAGACAUGAUGGUGGUGUAAAAACAUAGUGUUACGGGUCAACGCUCCAUUUUCUAUUUUGCCCAUAUGUAUUGCAGUUACUCAUUCGGAGACGAGGAACGUGGUGAAAUUUUGGAUUUGUCCAAACCUCGUUCACUUCUUUCUUGUGAUGUUUGUAACCUUACACCUUGCAGCAUUUCGUCAGCAAUGAUCGAGUUCUUAUGAUGUUUGAAACCUUA